CUCGAAGACGAAGCGGGCUUGCGCACUCCUUACGCGGCGAACCAGCGGCGGCACAACUACAGUGACACCUUUGCGACCACCAACGACGAAGAGGAGGAAGAGGACCACAUCGUACCGCUUCCGCCAGGGACAACGCCGAAGCCGAGGGAUCAAUAUCCUGGGAAAAAGAGCCAGCAAGAAUACUCGUCAGAUGAUGACGUGCGAAGAAUAUACCACUACUACAACGAGCAGCAGCAGCAGGGCACCGGUGCUUCCUUUUCAUCAGGGGGAAGCUUUACGGCAGCACAAGAACAGCAGAUGUUUGAAAAUGCAACGAAGCAGAAGCAACGCCCAGGCUCGCGAGGGAAAGCUGUACAGCAGGACGGCCACUUGCGAUCGGAGCUCGACGUGGACGGUGGUGUAAAUAGUAGUAUGCGCUCUGAGAGCGGAGAUAAUCAGGAACCACCCG